AUGUCAGGAUUAUCUCAGGGAAUAUCAACAUUUUCUAGCUGCAACAAAGCUGGUUCUGUACCAUAUUUUACUCAGUAUCUGACACAGCGUCCAAAUGAUUACACAGCUCUGACUUGGCGUGGCCGUGCUUAUAGCAUAAUAGGAGAAAACGACAAAGCGAAAGCUGAUUUCGAAAAAGCUGUGAGGGUUACUGCACCACCAAGAAAAUAUUUGGCUGAAGCACAUUUAGAGAAUAUCUCCGGUAACGGAGCUCGGGUAAAAUCUGUUCUUAUUUCCACUGUUAACGAAUUUCCUAACUGCGCAGAAGCCUGGAGUGAGCUUGGGACUCACUGUUACCAUGGGAAUGAAAUUGAUAAGGCACGCCAGUAUCUUGAAAAAGCCGUUAAUCUAGGGAAAUCAAAUGGCGAACAAGGAGAGCCGUGGUAUCACUGGUGCAACAAAAGCCUUGGUGACAUCCACUAUGAAAAUGACGAAAUUCUGAUAGCCUCGAAUUGCUACCACGAGGCAAUUCGUUGCUGUAAUACUUUUACGGUGGCAUAUCUUGGAUCAAGCCAGUGUGAUAUAGUCAAUGGAAAUGACCCCAGGGCCCAAGAGAGUUUCCUGAAAGCAAAGGAUCUGAAUCCAUCAAUCUGCCCCUGGGAUGACUUCCGCGAAUUUAAGAAAGUGGUUCUGCAGGACAGGCAACAGAGAGGUUCACAUUCCGAUCGCCACAGAAGUUCAGAGGCAUAUGGUGUAUCACGAGGAGGAGGCGGAGGUCGAGGUGGAAGUAAGGGUGGAGGUGGAAACGGAAGUGGAGGCGAUGAUGAUGAUGAUGACCCCGAUGGCAGCAAAAUGUUGAAAAAAAUUAAAAAGGAAGCACCGGAAGUGAAGAAGUAUGGAGGAAGAAAUUACUAUCGAUCUAAAUGUGGGAAGUACUGGUACACCAAAGACACGGCCGGUCAUGGAGGGGCUUUCUUUAAAAAGUACGAGGAUAAGCGAAGUACUCUGGAGUUUGUAGGCUCGGUGGAUAAAAAUCUUAGAGACAUGCCACGUAAACAUGAAUCUGCUCUUGCUCCGACAAUUCGUAAGAAUGACAUGGACACGGUCUAUAAAUAAACAAUUAA